AUGACAGACGCUGGCGAGGAGGCUCUGGAGCUUGACCAGUCCCCCUCACAGGACAUCCGAAAACCAUGGGUGAUUCCAGUCCCAAAGGAGACCCUGCAACGCAUCUUUGGAACCAGCCAAGUGUUCCAGGGCUUCAGUGAUAUAAAACCAAAGGUCACAGAGUUAACAGUGCCCCUCAAAGUCAGGGAGUACCACCAUCAAGGUCAGCAGUGCUUGGAGCAAGAGGACUGGGAGGUGGCCGUGCUGUUCUUCUCCCGUGCCCUCCACCUGGACUCCCAGCUGGUAGACUUUUAUGCCUUAAGGGCUGAGGCCUACAUCCAGCUCUGCGACUUCUCCUCGGCUGCCCAGAACCUGCGAAGGGCCUACUCCUUCCAGCCGGAGAACAACAAGUACCUGGAGCGGCUCACCUUUGUGCUUUACCUGAAGGGCCAGUGUUUGUUCGAGCAGUGCGCCUUCCUGGAUGCCCUGAAAGUCUUCUCACAAGCCUCUGAGCUCCAGCCCGAGAAACCCUGCUUCCACUACCGCCGCAUAGCCUGUCUCCUUGCCCUCAAUCGGCAUCACGACUGCCUCUCACUCAUCACCAAGGAGGUGAAGCAGGGCACGACCAACGCCGAUAUCUACAUCCUCCGGGCCAGACUCUACAACUUCUUUCAGAAGCCCAGUCUCUGCUACCGGGACCUGCACAGUGCCUUGCUGUUGGAUCCCAAGCACCCUCAGGCCAGGGUGCUGCUCCAGAUGAUGGUGGACCAGGCCCAGCAGGCUCACCGUGAUGCCGGGAUCCUGGCCGUGCAGGGCAAACUGCAUCCCGCACUGCUGCGCAUCAACUGCGCCAUUGAGAACAACCCUCUGGACCCCAGCCUCUUCCUCUUCCGGGGCACCAUGUACCGCCGGCUCCGGGAGUAUGACCCCGCGGUGGAGGAUUUCCUGAAGGCGCUGGACAUGAUGACUGACAGCCAGGAGGACUUGGUGCGGCAGGCGCAGCGCCAGCUCCUGCUGGCCUACAACGACUUUGCCGUGCACUGCUACAUGCAGGGCGCCUACCAGGAGGGCGUGCUGCUGCUGAACAAGGCGCUGAAGGACGAGCAGCGGGAGAAGGGCCUCUACAUCAACCGUGGCGAUUGCUUCUUCCAGCUGGGCAACCUGGCCUUUGCCGAGGCGGACUAUCAGCAGGCGCUGGCGCUGAGCCCGCACGACGACGGCGCCAACAUGCGCAUGGGCCUGCUGCAGGAGAAGAUGGGCUUCUGCGAGCAGAGGCGCAGGCAGUUCCAGAAGGCUGAGAACCACUUCUCAAUGGCCAUCCAGCACAACCCCCAGAGGGCGCAGUACUACCUGCAGCGGGCCAAGAGCCGGCAGCUCCUGCAGAACAUUUUUGGGGCCCGCGAGGACAUUGCCACGGUCCUGCUCCUCAACCCCAAGCAGCCAAAGCUACUCCCACUGAUGACCAACCUCUUUCCGGGCAUGUCAGUGGAGGAGGUGCUUGGCAGCCAGGUGGGCCACCUGGCCAGGCUGCAGCUGGAGCGGCUGCUGGAGAGCAGCUCGAAGGCUGGCAGCCCACAAGGCAUUGUGGGACUGAUCGGGAAGUGGGAAUUAGAGCGCCAGAAGGCCCGAGCCCUGCAGAUCUCAUGGAAGCUGGAAGAGCCUUUGUUUGAGACUUCCAAAGAGCCAGAGGCCACCCCCCAAAUGCUGCAGGUAGUACCAGAAAACUCAGAGGAGGAGAUCCCCAAGAAGGAGGAGGAAGUGGAGGAGGAGAAAGAAAAGGAGGAGAAACCGGAGCUCACCCCUAACAAGGUGACAUCCUUAUCGGACAGCUACCUUGAUCAGACCUCUUCAGGCUCCAGCUUGGGCUUCAGGACCACAUCCAUCUCAGAGAGGGAGAUAUCCACUGUCUGCCAGGAAUACAGGAGCACCUCAGCCACUGCUGUGACAUCCUCUGACUCCUCACUGCUGAAGACUCAAUCCUCAGGCUCUGGGAACAAUUGGGAGGACCUGAGCCUAAGCCAUAGACCCAGAAAAAUUGAGGCUGCCCAGGACCAUAAGCAGAGCCCCAGCAAGACCAAGGCCACCCAGGACCAGAGCCAGAGGUCUAGUGAGACUGAGGCCACCCAGGGCUGGAGCCAGAGCCCUAGCAAAACCAAGGCCACCCAGGGCUCAAGACAAAGGCCCAGCAAGACCAAAACCACCCAGGACCAGAGCCAGAGCCCUAGCAAGACCGAGGCCACUCAAGGCCCAAGGCAGAGACCCAGGAAGACCAAGGCCAUCCAGAGCCCAAGGCGAAGGCUCAGAAAGGCCAAGCCUGCCCAUGGCUGGAGCUGGAGACCCAAGGCUGAUGCCACCCAGGGACAGAGCUGGGGACUGAUCCGAAGUUCCAGCAAGACCAAGGCUUUUUAUGAACCAAAUUGGAGCCCCAGCAAGACUGAGGCUGCCCAGGACCAGAGCCGGAGGCCCAGCAAGAUGGAGGCUGCCCAGUGCCAGAGCCAGAGCACAAGCUCAAGUUCCAGCAAGACUGAGGCCACUUGA